AAAUUAGUCAGGGAAGAUGAUCAAACCAAUCCAAUUUUCCAGUCCGAUCGUCCUUUGUGAACUGGCGACCGAGACCGAGAGUGUGCGUUCGUAAUGUGUUCGUUCGUCAUCGCUUAGAAGAUCGAAACCAAAAUUAUUUUAUAUAAUUUAAAAGAGAAAGCCAAGUAAAAUUCGAUUACGACUCUGUAUUUUUUUUUCUUCUUUGGGUUGCGGAAUAAAAAACGAAGAUGUGAACACACACCGAGAGAGAGAGAGAGAGGGAGAGAUUUAGCAGAGGAAAGUGAAAUCAUGGUGGGUUUGAAAGGGAUUCUAGGGUUUGAUUAUGGAAUAGUUCAGGCGCCAUUAGGACCAGAUAUAUCCGGACCAGAGCUUGUAGCCGCCGUCGCUAAUGCCGGAGGGAUUGGUCUUCUCAGAUGUCCUGAUUGGGAGUGUCCUGAUUACUUGAGGGAGCUUAUAAGGAAGACAAAGACAUUAACAGACAAACCAUUUGGGAUCGGUGUUGUUCUUGCGUUUCCUCAUGAUUUGAACAUUAAGGCAAUCUUAGAAGAGAAGGUUGCUGUGUUGCAGCUUUACUGGGGUGAUUGUUCACGUGGGGAAUGUCGAAGAAGCUAGAAAGGCUGUUGAUGUAGGAGUAGACGCCAUUAUUGUCCAAGGGUAUGAAGCAGGUGGGCAUGUAAUUGGAAAGGACGGUCUCUUUUCAUUGUUGCCAAGAGUGGUGGAUGUAGUUGGGGAAAGAGAUAUCCCCGUUAUUGCUGCUGGAGGAAUUGUGGAUGCACGCGGUUAUGUUGCAGCCUUGUCACUUGGUGCUCAAGGGGUCUGUCUAGGCACAAGAUUCGUGGCGACUCAUGAGAGCUAUGCACACCCAAUAUACAAAAGGAUGCUGACUGAAUAUGAAAAAACUGAGUACACAGAUAUAUUUGGAAGAGCGAGGUGGCCUGGUGCGCCGCAACGUGUUCUGGAGACACCUUUCUUUGAUGACUGGAGAUCUCUUCCGGCUGAUGAGAAUGAAGUUAACCAACCUAUUAUUGGACGUUCCACCAUACAUGGCGUUGAGAAGGAGAUAAGAAGAUUUUCAGGAACAGUACCAAACAUGACCACAACAGGCGACUUAGAGAGUAUGGCCAUGUAUGCAGGCCAAAGCGUAGGACUUAUCAAGGAGAUUUUACCGGCUGGAGACGUAGUGAAAAAUCUUGUGGAAGAAGCUCAGCUUCUGAUCCUCCAAAAGUUCAGCAAUGCUUCAUGAUGCAGUACUGCCGCCUCAAAAAUCAUGAGACAACAAAAACACAUUACUGCUUUUCGAAUAGCCUCAUCUAAUAUAAUAAGGUAACCCCUUCUGUUGUAUAUCAUGUUGUGAUCCAUUCCUCCUUAUACCACCAGACUGUAGACCUUAUGGUAUUGAAUAUAAGUAUAACUCUUUUAAUUACA